AUGCGAUCGCCCCCGGACCCAUGGGUGAAAACGGACGCCAAGGGGAACCCCAAGAAGACGGACAUCGAGAUGUUGGUGCUCGUCUCCAAGGAUCUGGAGCACCGGCUGCACACCGAGCUUGGCGCGCAGGGCAACAGCCUGGGGGAGCGCAUGCGAUGGUGCAGGGCCAAGCAGCGGCCGGGUGGGCGACCCAUGCUGUCGGCGGGCCUAGAGAAGAAGCUGGACAUGGUGAAGGGCUGGCGCAACCUGGUGGUGCACGAGUGGGGCGUGGACACGAUAUCGGACGAGGAUAGGGCCACGCUCGUGCGGAUAUACAAGGAGAUCAGGAACACGCUCAAGCAGAUCGCAGCCCAGAUCAAGGCAUCUGGCGCCGAGGGGCCCAGCGGCGAGGAUGCCCUGCCGCUCAGCUCGCGCGUGCGCGACAAGGACCACCCGAACGAUGUGGGCAUCGUGGUGGACAGCUGCCGGGGGCCUGAUGGCGCGGAGGAGAUGCAGGUCGCCUUUCCCUCCGGCACGGUCGUGGUGGCCCCCGAGCAGGUGGAGAUCGACGCCACGGCUGAGCUGCUCGAGGAGGGUGCCAGAUUCGUGCUGAGGAAAAACUCCCCGCGUGAGCCCGAGCUCCGCGGGCUGGUGGGCGUGAUCAAGUCCGUCUCCGAGGCCGGCGCGGUCACGGCCGAGUUCCAGGAGUCGCCGAUGCCGGACUGGACCGGCCAGCUGGCGGACUGCGAGGGCGUCGUGGGCACUGGGCAUGGCGUAGAGCGCGUGCGCGUGGGGAGCCCCGUGAGGCGGGCCGUGGUGACUCAUGCCGAUUCCACACCCCAGGAUGAGUCCGCGGUGGGGACGGUGCGCGGCAGGGCGGUGGACGACGGGAGAUUCAAGCUGGUCGUGGACUUCCCGGGCGAGGAGGGCAAGAUGAUCGACCCGCGGCAGCUGGAGAUCCACCCGCCAGGGGAUCAGGAGGGCCCCAAGGCGCCGCGCAGCCCGAACGCGCACGAGGGCGAGCCACCAAGGGCGGACGCCCUGGAGAGCGGCGCAUCGCGGAAGGCCGCCGGCGGUGGUGGCAAAACCGAGGGAACGCAGGGAGGGGGGGAGGGGCCCCGGUGCUGGGGGGGCCACGGGGCAGGGGGUGUUGGUGGUGGCCGCCCGUGUCAGACGGCCGCAGACGAGGGCCGGUCAGGCGUUGCUGGCGCCCGUCCAGGCGAGCAGGCGGGGCUGCUGCGUGUGGGCGCUAAGGUACGGGUGCACGAGGUCGCCAUCUACCUGCCCGGCCAUGACAAAGCGGGGGUGACUCCAGCGAGGACGCCCAGGGCGUCUGUGGGGCCGCUGCUGCAGGUGAGGAAGAUUUGCGGGGACGGGCUGGUGGAGGUGAGCUUCAAUGACCCGGCCCUCGGCCAGCUGUCGUGGAAGGAGCGGGCGGAGAAUUUGGAGGUGGUGGUUGGGCCCAGGGGCCCGAGAGACGGCGUGUCCCAGGGCACCCAGAUCCGCAGGAGGAAGGACGCGGCCGGCCCGCAGGGCUGCGUGGAUGAGGUGGGGAGGGUCGUGGGCAGCACCAUCAAGCCCACGGGAAGCUACGCCCUCCUGGCAGACUUUGGCAACGGGGAGGCCGUUAGCGUGUCUCCCGUGCACGUGGAGGUAGAGCCUUGCGCCCCCGGCUCUGUUGUGAAAGACACCCCGCGGGGGAGGCCGCCCGUGUCGGUCGGGGGACCGGCCAACGGGCGCAAGUCGGGGAGAGAAGGCGGCUGCAGCCCCGAGUUGGCGGCCAUGCAGGCCGUCGAGCAGUUCGAGGCGUUUUUGAACGCCCGUGGGACGGAAAAAAUUGGACAGGCCACGGCCUCGCGCACCCCGAGAGGAGGGGAUGACUCAGGCAUGAGCGCAUUGCGGGAGGAGGCCGCGAACAAGGCCGGGGAACCCCAGGUUAAUAAGGCCCAUGAUUUGGGGAUCGCUAAGAAGCCGAGUGGGGCGAACGCGUGUGCGGAUCAGCGGUGGAUUGGCAAGGGCGUAUGUGCCCUCAAAUCCGCCACGGCAGCCGCCAUGGAUAACGCGGAUGCCGACAGACGGCCUUGGAAAGGCGGCAUGGUGUGCUCGCCCAAGUCUGCCGCCAACAUCUUUUUGCAGGGCUCGGCCAGUAUGAAGACUGGUGCCGAAACUGGGGCAAACACGAACAGGUCCAUCGGAGGUUCCACGGUGGAUGGCUCGGAUGUGGAAGGCCGCCCGAUGGAUGGGCAGUUCAAUGACACAGAGGGGAACUCCGGAGCCUCUCGCCUCGACACUUUUGAUAUGCACUGCUUCAAGCUCGAUGGCUGCAGGCGUCAGAACGUCGCCUGA